AAGUACCGAGGGAGGAAAGGAUAACACGACUUUUGUAAUUGGUCGCGCAAGUGUAAGGUGACCUUUCAGCUAUUUCCCGUGUCUUUCCGCGUAGGAGAUCACUAGACUGAAAAAGGAAGAGGUCAAAGACACGAAGCUUUGCCUGAACAAACGACUACUGCUUAUUUGUGUAGAUCAGGACUAGAUUGGACGGGCACAGAGGGAGAUCGGCCAUAGAUAUCAUAAAGGUCACUGUACCAUUCAAACGUCUUCUUCUUGCCUGGGUUCGUGGCUCCAAUAAAGUCAAGUUCUUUGUCAUCCCGGUACAAUAUCUUCCCUCCUUGUACAGCUUCACAAUCUGAAGCCGUAGAGUUACAUUUUGACUGCUUUCACCGCUGUAUAGAGGUUCCUAUACUGUUUCUUUCCGGCGUCCUUAGAACCCCUUUCUAUUACAGUUGCGAUUUUGGAACUUUUGGGUCGCUUCGAUUGGGAGUCCCUCGAGUGCUACAACCUGCCGAAGUUUUAGUUUCGAGGAGAUAGGGUAUCCAAAGCCCUUUGUAGACGGUGGUAUUUGGCUUCUGCUUCUUGUUGGCUAUGGGGGAUUGUGAACCUGCGGCUCCGGAAUUAGAAGGAGAAGAACACUUAAUUGCUGCCGCCAAAUACAUUGUUAAAGCGUUGGGGUCAAACAAGAACCUUACAGAUGAUGCUAGGAAAACUUUGGCAGAACUUGGCACCCAAUUGUCCAACAUGACUGUGCUAAAUGAAAAUAAGGGUGAUGGGAUUAGUGAGAUCAAGGAUAGGCUUAAUGCUGUUGAGGAGAAGAUCAUGAAUUGGGAGGAAGAUCAGUCUAUGAUAUGGGAUUCAAGACCAGAAGAAGUGUCUGAGUACCUGAAUGCCGUGGGUGAGGCACAAAAAUUGACUGAAAGAUUAGAGAAUCUGUGUCUAAAUAAAGAUGACGAUGAGUAUAAGUUGUUACAAAGGGGUCACGAUGUUCUUCAGAAGGCGAUGGAAAGGCUUGAGGAGGAGUUCAGGCACAUGCUUAUGGAGAACAGGCAGCCUUUUGAGCCAGAGCACAUGUCUUUUCGAUACACUGAAGAGGAUGUUGUGGAUGGGGUCUCAAUUAUCUCUUUUGGGGAUGAGUCAAUUGAGGAGUCGCUUCACAGAGACAGCGUCAGCAGGGCCUCUGAGGAAUAUAUCAUUGAUUUGAUAAAUCCAGAUGUGAUUCCUGAGCUCAGAGGCAUUGUGAAUUUGAUGUCCAAUUUGAAUUAUGAGCAGGAAUGUUACCAGGUCUACACCAGUGUCAGGAAGGAUGCCUUGGAUGAGUGCCUCUUCAUUCUUGAAAUGGAGAAACUAAGCAUUGAAGACGUGCUGAGGAUGGAAUGGGCGAACUUGAAUUCCAAAAUCAAACGGUGGGUACGAACAAUGAAGAUCUUUGUGCGGGUCUAUCUUGCUAGCGAGAAAUGGCUCAGUGAUCAGAUUUUUGGAGAGCUUGGAUCAGUUAAUCAAGUUUGCUUUGUGGAGCCAUCCAAGCCUGCAAUGUUGCAGCUUCUGAAUUUUGGUGAAGCCAUGUCUAUAGGUCCUCAUCAACCAGAAAAAUUGCCUCGCAUUCUUGAUAUGUAUGAGGUACUAGCUGAUCUUCUUCCAGAUAUAGAUGCUUUAUUCUCAGAUGAGGCUGGUUCUUCGGUUAGAAUUGAGUGUCACGAGGUUCUAAGGAGAUUGGGAAAUACUGUUAAGGCAACAUUUCUUGAAUUUAAGAAUGCAAUUGCAUCAAAUGCAUCAACAAAUCCUUUUGCAGGAGGUGGAAUUCACCAUCUGACCAGAUAUGUCAUGAAUUACAUAAAGUUUCUAACCGACUACAGUGAGACCCUUAAUUUACUGCUCAAGGACCAUGAUGUAGAGGAUCCCAAUUCAUUGUCACCUGACAUGAGUCCAACUACAGAAGAGGAGAACAAAAGCCGAAAUUCUUCAGGCAGGAUUUCCCCAAUGGCUCACCACUUCCAAUCAAUUGCUUCAAUUCUGCAAAACAGCCUUGAUGAUAAGUCCAAGCUAUAUAAGGAGGCUUCGCUACAGCACUUCUUCUUGAUGAACAAUAUUCAUUACAUGGCUCAAAAGGUCAAGGGUUCUGAGCUAAGGCAUAUAUUUGCAGAUGAAUGGAUUAGAAAACAAAACUGGAAAUUCCAACAGCAUGCGAUGAGUUAUGAGCGAGCUAGUUGGAGUUCAAUCCUCUCUUUGCUCAAGGACGAUGGGAUUCAAAAUCCUGGUUCAAAUUCUAUCUCAAGAGCUCUUCUCAAGGAAAGGGUCCGGAGCUUUUAUCUCGCUUUUGAGGAGAUCUACAAGACCCAAACGGCAUGGGUUAUUCCAGAUAUUCAGCUUCGAGAAGAUUUACGGAUCUCAACAUCCCUCAAGGUGAUCCAGGCUUAUCGGACAUUCGUGGGAAGACAUGCCAAUCACUUGAGUGACAAGCAUAUUAAGUACAGUGCUGAUGACCUAGAGAGUUAUCUUUUGGAUUUCUUCGAGGGAUCUCCUAAAUCAUUGCAAAACUCCUCUAGGAGAUGAUAAGCAACAUCACCCCCCCCCCCC